UGGCUGGCGGUUGCCCCGGCCCGACAUGGACGUGACGCUCCGUCUUUCCGCCUCGGUUCUCCUCCACGUGGGGACGCAGGAUGGCGGCGGCCGUGGCGGACGAUGCGGCGCCAGGCGACGUGCAGCGGCUGCUCGUACAGUUCCAGGAUGAGGGCGGUCAGCUGCUGGGCUCCCCGUUCGACGUGCCCGUCGACAUCACGCCGGACAAGCUGCAGCUCGUGUGUAACGCGCUCCUGGCCCAGGAGGAGCCCCUGCCCCUUGCUUUCUAUGUCCAUGAUGCUGAGAUUGUGUCCUCACUGGGGAAGACGCUGGAGUCACAGUCUGUGGAGACAGAGAAAAUCAUAAACAUCAUCUACCAGCCCCAAGCUGUCUUCAAGGUCCGCGCUGUGACACGAUGCACCAGUUCAUUGGAGGGUCACAGUGAAGCCGUCAUUUCUGUGGCCUUCAGCCCCACAGGAAAGUACCUGGCCAGUGGUUCCGGAGACACCACUGUGCGCUUCUGGGAUCUCAACACUGAGACACCGCAUUUCACAUGCAAAGGACACCGACACUGGGUCCUUAGCAUAUCCUGGUCCCCAGAUGGCAAGAAACUGGCCUCAGGCUGCAAGAAUGGCCAGAUUCUCCUGUGGGACCCAAGCACGGGGAUGCAGGUGGGCCGGCCUCUCACUGGCCACAGCAAGUGGAUCACAGGCCUGAGCUGGGAGCCCCUUCACAUGAAUCCCGAGUGCCGCUACGUGGCCAGCAGCUCCAAAGACGGCAGUAUACGAGUCUGGGACACAACUGCAGGCCGCUGUGAACGCAUCCUCACCGGGCACACACAGUCAGUCACCUGCCUCCGAUGGGGAGGAGAUGGGCUUCUGUAUUCUGCUUCCCAGGACCGCACCAUUAAAGUCUGGAGGGCACAUGACGGUGUGCUGUGCCGUACUCUUCAAGGUCAUGGCCACUGGGUAAACACCAUGGCACUUAGCACAGACUAUGCCCUGCGCACGGGGGCCUUUGAGCCUGCUGAAGCCACAGUGAAUGCCCAAGACAUGAAGGGGUCCUUGAAGGAGCUGAAGGAGAGGGCAUCGAGGCGCUACAGCCUUGUGCGGGGCCAAGGCCCAGAGAGGCUGGUCUCUGGCUCAGACGACUUCACCUUAUUCCUGUGGUCCCCAGCAGAGGACAAGAAGCCCCUCGCCCGGAUGACAGGACACCAGGCACUCAUCAACCAGGUGCUCUUCUCUCCCGACUCGCGUGUCGUGGCCAGCGCCUCCUUCGACAAGUCUAUCAAGCUGUGGGAUGGCAGGACGGGCAAGUACCUAGCUUCCCUGCGUGGCCACGUGGCUGCCGUGUACCAGAUUGCCUGGUCAGCUGACAGCCGGUUGCUGGUCAGUGGCAGCAGUGACAGCACACUGAAGGUGUGGGAUGUGAAGGCCCAGAAACUGGCCACAGACCUGCCUGGCCAUGCCGAUGAGGUGUAUGCUGUUGACUGGAGUCCAGAUGGCCAGAGAGUAGCAAGCGGCGGGAAAGACAAGUGCCUCAGGAUAUGGAGAAGAUGAGUCCCCAGCUUCCUGCCCCCUGCUGGAUUCAGCCUCCGCCUGCCCUGCCAGAGACCAAGGGAUGCACAUGGCCACCUGCCCAAGACAGGUCUCCAGUGUGUGGCAGUCAGGAUGUCACAACGUGGAACCAAGCCACGGGCCCCUCCUGGCUAACAGCAAUGGGGAAGCCAGACCUCUGGCUCCCGCGUCCUUUUCCAAGGGUCAGCUGAGCAGGCCCAGACCCUAGGCUAUGUCUGUGGCCAAAUAAAGAACUUAUAUUUU